AUGAAGUGAUGAGGAUCGAAAACCAGAUCCAGAUGUUAACAUGGAGACUCCAGAUUGUAGUACAGAGGAUUUAAAGGUUUUCGAGGAGAAAUACACCCAAGAGUUUAUUAGCGGCAAAGUUUCAAAAGAUACACAAUUUAACUAUGCUUGGUCGUUAACACGAAGGCAAAACCCAGCUGAUAUCAGGAAAGGUGCUCAAUUAUUACAAGAUUUAUGUAAGUAUGGUACAGAUCAAAGAGAUUAUUUAUACUUUUUGGCCGAGGCCAAUUACAAACUUUCAGAGUAUCCAGUGGCCCUCAAAUACAUCAACCGAGUACUGAAUAUUGAGCCAAAUAAUACACAAGCUAAAGCUUUAAAGGAGAAAAUUGAACAGAAAAUGAAAAGAGAUGGUAUCCUUGGUGCAGCAAUUGCAGGGGCAGGCAUGGUGUUAGUUGGUGGAACUGUGUUGGUUGUAGCCGGUGCUGCAGCCCUUGUAGGUGUUUUCAGUAGAAAGAAAUAAGAUGGUGCAAUUGGGGCAAUUUUAGUUGGUGGAGCAGCGGCAGUUGCUGCAGCUGGUGCUUUAACAAUGAUGCUUCUUAAACGGAAAUAGAUAUAUCAAUAUUGCAUGGAAAUAGAUAUAUUGAUAUUGCACUGUAUGAUAAAUUGAAUUUAAUAGAUUUUGCGUCUUAUUAAUAAUAAUUGAUUUUUUCAUAUUUAUCAUUAAAAGUUGUGUAUAUACCAAGCUCAAUAUUAAUGACAAAGUGUAAUAAAAAUUCACUAUCUAUACAUGCACAGAUAGUCAACAUA